GUCACCCAGGCUGGAGUGCAGUGGUGCGAUCACGGUUCGCUGCAGCCUCCGUGUCCCAGGUUCAAGCGAUCCUCCCACCUCAGCUUCUCUAGUUGCUGGAACCACAGGCACGUGCCACCCCACCCAGCUAAUUUUUUAGUUUUUUGAAGAGACAGGGUCUUACUGUGUUGCCCAGGCUGGUCUUGAACUCCUGGGCUCAAGCGCUGGGAUUACAGGCGUGAGCCACCGUGCCCGGCCAACCCCUUUAACAGAUGAUAAAGCUGAGGCUUAGCGUGCAAAGUAACUCAUCCACUUCCCAGCUGGUGAACAGGAGCUGAGCCUGGAGCCCAAGCCAGCCAGGCCCCCAAACCUCUGCCCUUUGCCAGUGGCAGGGAAGUAGGUGGUUGGAAGCCCCUGCCGCAUCCCCCAGAGCUCCGUCAAACCGAGGUGGGGUGGGCCUGGGAGGGAGCCCCAGCCUUCCCUUGGAGAUGGGCCUGGUGUGAGCCGCCGAGCUGCCUCCCCGGCCUGGCUGGGUAGAAGCCCUUUGAAUACUAUCCUGGGGUUGCCGGCUGCACCCCCACAGAUGCCACAGCUGCCUCCCUGCAUCCCUGUGCACCAUCCCAGAAGGAAACAAAUGCAAUUUUCAGAGACAAGAGCCUGCUGAGGUCAGCAAAGCCCCUCUCUGUCCAUGCUUCUGUGUGCCUCUGGCUGUGCACACGUGGCUGGGUUUUCUAAAAGAACCAAAGUGAGAGAGGGGUGCCAUCUUGUGGAGGGACCCUCUGUGGCCAGUCUGCUUGUGUGAUCUCUGUGGACUGACUGGGAGUUGUGGCAAAUAUGGCCAGAAAUGGGGCCUAGUCUCGGACUGUGUCCCGGGGUUACGUGGAUUUAGGGUCAGUGAGGGGCGUGGCCACUCAGGAGGCCAUGCUUGGUAGAUGGGGGACGGGAGUCAGGAUGAUGGCAGGGCCUGAACAAAGCGGGGUGGAGAGGGAGGCUCAGAGAAGGGGGAGCCACCUGGCUUCCAGGAUGAGGAGAAGAGAAAGUCUGUCCUGACAGAGGCCCCAUGACAGCUGCCCUGGGCCAGGAUGUUUUGGGGAGGGGAGAUUGCAUCAGCAUUGAGCCAUCCUCACUCCCUCCAUCUGGAGGUGUGGGGCCCGGGGGCUUCUGUGAAACGGGCCAUGAAUGGACCCAGCCAGGAGACCCAGGGGACAAGGGCAUCUGCAGGCCCUGUCAGUUCCAUCUCCCCGAUUUCCAGUUCACACCGUUUGCUGUUCUCUGCCCAGGGCCUGAAGCCAAUGGACCACAAUGGGCUGGCAGACCCCUACGUCAAGCUGCACCUGCUGCCAGGAGCCAGUAAGGCAAAUAAGCUCAGAAUAAAAACUCUCCGUAACACUCUGAACCCCACAUGGAACGAGACCCUCACUUACUACGGGAUCACAGAUGAAGACAUGAUCCGCAAGACCCUGCGGAUCUCUGUGUGUGACGAGGACAAAUUCCGGCACAAUGAGUUCAUCGGGGAGACACGUGUGCCCCUGAAGAAGCUGAAACCCAACCACACCAAGACCUUCAGCAUCUGCCUGGAGAAGCCGCUGCCGGUGGACAAGACCGAAGACAAGUCCCUGGAGGAGCGGGGCCGCAUCCUCAUCUCCCUCAAGUACAGCUCGCAGAAGCAGGGCCUGCUGGUAAGCAUCGUGCAGCGCGCCCACCUGGCCGCCAUGGACGCCAAUGGCUACUCGGACCCCUACGUGAAAACAUACCUGAGGCCAGAUGUGGACAAGAAAUCCAAACAUAAGACAGCGGUGAAGAAAAAAACCCUGAACCCGGAGUUCAAUGAGGAGUUCUGUUAUGAGAUCAAGCAUGGGGACCUGGCCAAGAAGUCCCUGGAGGUCACCGUUUGGGAUUACGACAUUGGAAAAUCCAAUGAUUUCAUUGGUGGUGUGGUUCUGGGCAUCCACGCCAAGGGGGAGCGCCUGAAGCACUGGUUUGACUGCCUGAAGAACAAGGACAAGCGCAUCGAGCCCUGGCACACACUCACCAGCGAGCUCCCAGGGGCCGUGCUCAGCGACUGAUGCCCACCCGCCACUGCUACCCCUGCCGCCACCUGCGCCCAGCACGGCCGGCCCCGGGCUUCCCCAGCAGCCACCAAGGCCUGUGGCCCCCACACUGGGGGAGAUCCAGAACCCCUGCUUGGACACAGAGCCACUGCAGUCCCCGCUCAGAGGAUGUGGAGGGCUCAGCCACUCUGGGAUGGGGAGGGCAAGGAGCUGGGGUGGGGGGCUCUCAGCCCUCUGGGGCCCAAGAGGCCGGUGGUGGAAAGAGACCUCAGCACCUGCCCAGGGGAAGGGGACAUGCCCAUCUGGGAGCAAAGACCCUUCUAGAGGCCAGCCCUGGUUGAGAGGACAGGAGUGUGGGGGUGCCUUGGCAGACAGUGGGAACAGAGGAGGGAGGUGGUGAGCAGACAGACAGGUGGAGGAUGGGACCUUGAAGACUGGCUGCUCCAGCCCAAGAAAGCCUGACUGCAUCCCUCAUCUCCUUCGCUGCUGGACAGAUGGAAGAAGCGGGCCUGCCGGCCAAAAGUCUGCCAGAGUUCCCAGAGGCUCCUGAUGACGGGUAAAUUGGCACAUGCUUCACUCAAUUAUUCCACAAGCCCUGGGGGUGAAUGAGACACAGGGCCUGCCCUCAGGGAGUUCCCAUCUAGUCAGGAAGCUGGGAACAAACCAUUCCAACUGGGGUGAGAAACACCAAGACCAGCUUGGCCAGUCUGCAAGUACUGUGGUCUCUGUUGACUCUGCCGGGAGGUCAGGGAAGGCUUCCUGGAGGAGGCGGUGCUUCCGUAAGGCCUAUGGAGGGUGAGUGGGGGCUUCUAAAAGCAGUCCAGGCAGUGGGAGUGGUCUAAAACGGCCUGGAGAGAGAAAGCCAAUGGGGCCGGGGUGCUGUGGACCCAGGGUCUCCUCUCCAGGGGAGGGUUUGUUAGGAAGGUGUGAGGCUCGAGGCAGGAGGUGGGGGACGUGAUCGAAACACCAUGGAGAAGCUGGUGUGGGCUGAAGUUCAGACCUCAGACCCAAGUCUCCCACUCUGAUCUCUUUCUACUCCUGAGGGACCUCAAGGGCGGAGCCCGCCCCUCCUCCUUCCCGGCAUAAGCAUCAGGUCAGCUGCGGUGGAGAAAAGGGUCCCUUGUGCUUGGAAAAAAAGCAAGCAUUCCUACACGUCCUGACUCUCCCCUCCCCUCCCCUCCACUCCCUGGCUCACACUGGGGGCCUCCGGGUGCUUGCUCGUGGCAUCUUGGUCCCACUACCGCCACAGAUGUCCCUUUUGGGAGUAAUCAGUGGCAGUCCAGGGCCUUGUCCACCCUCCAGGAGCUGAGCAAGAAUCACCCUGGCUGGUGGGCCUGUCUGCUCCCCUGAGUGAGACUCCCCAGGAGGCUUGAGAGUAUCUGAAUCUUGGGGCCCAUGCCUGAAGCCCACAAACUUUCUCUGCCUACCAAGGGCCCCUCAGGAACGCUGGGUGAACAAAUGCAGAGCCAAGGAGUUGCACAGCCAGAGUCCCAGUGUGCUCAGCCCAUCAGUGUGUGAUGGAAACAGAGGCCCAGAGAGGUCAGGUGACCUGCCCAGGGCCUUCCAGCCCCCACACAGCUGGGACCAGGAUCCACAGCCCCCAGCCCAGAGUGCUGGACACCACACUUCAGGGGAAUUGGCGUGCUGACCUCACACCAGAGAGGUCCUGCUAGCUGCCAGCCUGGGGCUCCCCCGCCUGCUGCCCACCCCUUCAACACCGAUAGAGGGACUCACAGGCACGACGGUGGGACCUUCCAACUGCAGACACAAAGCACACCACCACCUGAGGUCCAGGGUUGUGAUUUGAAUCCUACCAAGUGCCCAUCAGGCCUUUCCCAGGUUGCAGGGAAAACAGGACCCCAGCCCCCACACAGUCCCUGGCCACCUGCUGCUCAUGGAGACUUGUCUCCCCACCUUUAGGAAGGGUUUCUAUGUGAAGGUUUUUGCAUGCACUGGUCUGAACGCAUGUUCACAUCCCUGCAAGGUGGGUUUGAUUCUCAUCCCUAUCUUGCAGGUGAAACAGGUUCCCAGAGUCUGAGUAGUUUGCCAAGGCCACACAGCCAGGAAGGGGUGAACCAGGACUCAAACCCAGGUCCUCUGACUGCCACUUUCUCUCUCUGGGGGUCGGUACCCCCAGUCCCUUCCCUCUUGGUCUGUCGGAGACUCAGCAGAGACACCAGGUGAAGGCUCAGUAAGCUCAGGUGCGUGAUGGAGAUCUGGGGUCUUGUCACUGUCCUGCCACCUCAUCCGCUGGCUUUGAAACCAUCCGUGCUACUUCAGGCUUCCCCAGAGGUGUCUAACCUGGCCCCAAAACUCAGCCACCCCACCCUAGCCUCUGGGGGCUGAGGCAAGGGCUCCUCUUUUCUCCACACAGAAUGGGCACCCUCUGAGGGCCUAAGGUAAGAGGUGGUCUCUUUCUAAAAGGCCUGGUGUCUAGUUAAGCUCUGGGUAUCUUCUUAGCUUUGCUUUUUUGGGGGUCUCAUUCAGAGAGGAGAUUUGACAGCCUCUCUGAAGACACAGAAGUGAAUGGCAGAGCGAGAAGAGGCUGUACCCCCCACCUACCAUGACUUCCUUAUUAGGCACAUGGGGAAUGUGAGGCCCAGUGGGUGAAAGGGGCCUGAAGGGGCACAGCUGGGACAAGAACCCAGAACUCCAGCCCCCCAGUCCAGGGCCCUCUACUGCCCAGGCUGUGCAAAUGGGGCUGGGACCGAAAGAUGGGGACAUUCAGGCUGGGAGGUGGGCUUGCUGGCCAGCCAGCCCAGGGGCAGCACAGGCACUCGGGCAGGAACUCCCCAGGAAGUUUGGAAACCUUCUUUCCCUAGGAUCUCAGCACCCUUUUAGAUCCCGUGCAGAUUGUCUUUCUGUUAAAGCGUUUUGAGGCACGAUGGCUCACGCCUGUAAUUGCAGCACUUUGGGAGGCCGAGGCUGGCGGAUCACCUGAGGUCAGGAGUUUGAAACCCGCCUGGCCAACAGGGCGAAACCCCAUCUCUACUAAAAAUACAAAAAUUAGCCGGGUGUGGUGGCGCACGCCUGUAGUCCCAGCUACUCAGGGAGGCCGAGGCACGAGAAUCGCUUGAACCCGGGAGGUGAAGGCUGCAGUGAGCCAAGAUCGCGCCACGGCACUCCAGCCUGGGCGACAGAGCAAGACUCCGUCUCAGAAAAAAAAAAACAAAAAACGCUUUGAGAAGCUGCAGAAGCGGCUCUGCCUUUGACCCCGAAUGGGCAUCUUUACUCGGGUCCAUCAUCCCCACAAAGACAGGAAAUCUGAUGCCAAAAAAAAAAAAAAAGUCAUUCCAGGUGUCAGUAACCAGGCGCUGCCUCCAGCCCCGCCCCGCCCGCCGCCCCGCCCGCCGCCCCGCCCGCCGCCCCGCCCGCCGCCCCGCCCGCCGCCCCGCCCGCCGCCCCGCCCGCCGCCUGCGCCAAUCCCCGACGGGCCCGUCUUCCAGCCCCGAAGCGGUCACCUCCUGACCUCUAGUGGCAAGCGCGGGGAACUGCGCCCCGGCCCGUCCGCCCGCCGAGCCCGGGCCGUGCAUGCCCUGCCCGUUGUUCCUUCGCAAGCCGAGUGAACCUCCCGAUGCAUGGACUCUGGCUGUCGUGGACGCAGACUCUCGUGCACUGCUUAACCCCGUUUUGCUGCCAUGUGACGGCUGCAGACACUGUCCUCAAACUGCGGUCCCACAGACAAGUUUUGUAUUUUGGUCUGACCUACCCGAAGGUGUCCUUUUUAAGUCUUAUUUGUUAAUAUUUAUAAUGACAUAUAAUCCAAAGUAAAUGGAAACGUCAUAUUGCGAUCUCA